AUAAAGAGAGAAACAUUAGGGUAGGAAGGUAGAGAAAGAGAGAGAAAGAUGUCGAAGCGUGGUCGUGGUGGUUCGGCGGGGAACAAGUUCCGCAUGUCGCUGGGUCUUCCAGUGGCGGCGACGGUGAACUGCGCCGACAACACGGGGGCGAAGAACCUCUACAUCAUUUCGGUGAAAGGGAUCAAAGGCCGUUUGAACCGUCUUCCCUCGGCCUGCGUUGGCGACAUGGUGAUGGCCACCGUGAAGAAGGGAAAACCCGAUCUGAGGAAGAAGGUCUUGCCAGCUGUCAUCGUUCGCCAGCGCAAGCCAUGGCGCCGAAAGGACGGCGUCUACAUGUACUUCGAAGAUAAUGCUGGUGUUAUUGUCAAUCCCAAGGGAGAAAUGAAAGGUUCUGCUAUCACUGGUCCCAUUGGAAAAGAGUGUGCUGAUUUGUGGCCUAGGAUUGCAAGUGCAGCUAACGCCAUCGUUUGAGUGAAAUUUCUUGUUAUGUUUAAGCUUGUAGGAUUUAAGUGUCUCAGAUUUUGUUUAAGCUUGAAAUUGAAAUACAAGUGAUACAGUUUUUUAAUCAUUCGUAACUUAUAAUCAGCUUGCUUUUUGAAGAGACGAUAUUAAUUAUUAGUUAAGAAUUUUGUUUUUUGUUUCUUGUUCC